CGCCGGAGCACACCCAAACGGCCGAACCCCCAAACCCCAGGUCCCCACCCCAACUCAACCCCUCCGCCGCCGGCCGCACCGUCUCGUCCGCCACGCGCCACCAGCGGCCUGCGUCCUCCCACCUCCUCGCGAAGUCUGUGCCCUCUUUGCCGCAGCUUCAUCUGCUCUGCCCCACUCCACCAAGGAGCUCGGGCACCGGCUGCCACUGCACGGUCCUGCGCCGGCGACCGUUUGACGCCGCCCGCUUCAGCGGUAGUAGCAGCGUGCUACUUCACUUGACUGGGCGCUGAGGGUGCAGAAGCUGGAGCCGCCGUCGAUGGCGGCCGUGGAGUAGCACCCCAAAGCUGUCGCCUUUCUUGCCGUCCUGCCAGCGCUUCCAGCUCGGUUUCUCCAUGAUCCUCCGCAGCGCACUAAGGGCCGGUCGCGGCCUCAGGCGGGUUCCCCUGGUUCAUCUCAUUGUGGAGCACGGUGAGCCGUCCCGAGCACCACCCCGGUGUGCUACUGAUACCCGGGAUGUUGAAGAACCAUCAGCUGUGUUGAAUUGGUGGGGGGUCAGUCCAAUUGGUCAUCGGUAUCAGUUGCGGGCUUACUCGGCUGCAGCUGCACACGUUAGGGGUGAGAAACCGUUGGAUUGUGCUAAUGAGGUGGUAAUGAUGGAUGGGGAGGUCAAGCGAAUGAAGAAGAUGCGGGUGUUCUGGACCGCUCAGCGGACUUUCAUGGAGUACCUCCAUGUCACACGGGGGCUGAGCUUUUUGGAUGCCGAGCAUAUAAGCAAGCACUCACCUGCCUUUGUGAGCAAGCUGCUGAACCAGGUGAAGGAUGCUAUCAAGGACCCUGUGGAAGGGGGUGAGGCAGUGUUCAGGUCAAAGGUGAAGACAAGGGAGAUGAGGGAUGAGAGGGCCACUACUGCGUUGCAGCGUCUGUUCAGGUAUCAUCCGAUCAAUGAGUUUGAGCCAUUCUUCGAGAGCAUGGGCUUAAAGCCGAGUGAGUAUGAAUCCUUUCUGCCUCAGGAUCUCAUGUUUCUAUCCGAUGACGAGGCAUUGCUGGAGAACUACCGUGUUCUUUGCAAUUAUGGGGUUAUGCGCACUAAGAUUGGGGGGAUAUACAGGGAUGCUGGGGAGGUUUUCAGUUUUGGUGAUGGUGUGCUUGCGUCUAAGCUAAGAGCUAUUGAGGAUCUAGGGUUCAGUAAGACCACUGUGAUAAAACUUGUGACCUGUUGCCCUGCGGUAUUGACACGUGGCCCGCAUGCUGAAUUGAAGAUCAUAAAGUGGCUAGAUGACACUGGCAUUCAGAGAGACUGGAUUGGUCAAUUCUUAUCUAUAAAGAAGUCGUAUAAUUGGAGAAAGAUGGUCGAAGUUCCUCAAUUUUUUACUGAAUUAGGAUUUGAUAAGGAGGGUAUUGGUAAAUUGAUCAGACAACACCCAGAUUUCUUGUUGGAUGGUUCUGGAAAGGCACUGUUUAGGGCAGUUGCCAUCAUGCUGAAAGCAGGGUCUGGAAAAGAAGAUCUAUUUGAUCUUUUCCUGGACUUCCCAGAUGUACAGGCCAGGAGUUUCGCAAGGAACAUACAGAGUCUUAUACUAUUCUUAACUGAAAUUGAUGUAAGCGAGGAGGAUAUUAAGAAGUUUGUGGUAGCAAAUGCAUCAAUGCUUGGUUCUGCUCGAGUGAAGAAGGCAAACAGCAUUCUUACAUAUCUCAAUGUGGGGAAGAGGCGUUUGUGGAGGAUUAUAAUGGAAGAGCCACACGAACUGAUGAAAUAUGCAUUAGGGUUAAAGGUCAACCGCCUACCGCCUUAUGACAGGACUGAGAAAUCACUGAAGGAGAAGGUGAAAUUUUUGAAAAACAUAGGAUUUGAGGAAGGCUCUGAUGAUAUGAACAAGGCACUGAAAACUUUCCGUGGUAAGGGUGAUCAGCUACAAGAUCGGUUUGACUUUUUGGUGAAGACUGGAUUUGAACCCAAGGAUGUAUCGAAAAUGAUCAAAGUAGCACCGCAGGUUCUGAAUCAGAAGAUACAUGUCCUUGAGUCCAAGAUAGCAUUCCUUUUAAAUGAGACAUCAUAUCCUCUAAGUGCUCUGGUUGGAUACCCUGCAUACUUGUCGUUCACUAUAGAGAGAACCAAAGCUAGGUUUCUAAUGUACAAUUGGCUGCGAGAAAAAGGGCUGGUUCCUCCUAAUCUUGCUCUAUCCACCUUAUUAGCUUGUUCAGAGAAGCGGUUUCUUAAAUAUCUGGUCCUAAAACAUGAAAAGGGUCCAGAAGUCUGGGAGAAGUUGAAGAAAGAGGUAGUUGCAGACAAAAACAUGCACUGUACUGCAGAUGAUUAGCACGAUAUUAUUUGUUGAGAGAUUUUUUUUUGAGGAAAAGGCAAUGGAGUGCCUUUUUCAUGUUAAUUAUGUAAUGAAGAAUGUGCAUGGAUGGUAGUAACUGAUAUUUUAACUUAGUUCCAUGAAUAUUGUUUUUGUUUUGUUUUGUCUUA